UUAAUUCUAGCAGAGAGAUGAUAAAUAUUGUCGAUAAGUACUUCAGUUUCAACCGAACUCUUUUGUUGAUAAUUGGUUUGUGGCCUUAUGAAAAAUCAAAACUUGCUCAAGUGCAAAUAAUCUGCAUCUUUAGCAUUCUUAUAACUGGCAUAGUAUUUCAACUCACAACAAUUUUGACUUCACAAUGUAGUGUGGAAUCGAUCAUUGAGAUUUUAUCUUUCGCACUUGCCUUUAGCGCCUUUGUCAUAAAAUACAAUGCUUUUUAUGUUAAUAGUAAGACGAUAAAGUAUUUAAUGGAUCAAGUUCAGCAUAUCUAUAACGAUGUAAUAGACAACAACGAAAUUGCUAUUGUAGAAAAAUAUGGAAAUAAAGCAAAAAAAUAUACAGUUGUUCUCAUAGGCAAGCAUUAUUUCCUUUUUUUUUUGUAUUUCUAAUUAUUUACACAUGUAAAACUUUAUUAAAACCUUUCAGA